GGUCCUUCAGCCUGUGCAGACCUCCUCGCCAUGGCCUUGAGGCUCCUAAGACUGGCCCCCGUGUCCGCGUCCGCGCGCGGCCUCGCGGCGGGCGCCCAGCGCAUGGGAGGGAUUCACACAAGUGCACAGUGCAAGCUGCGGUAUGGUCCUUUGGCGUUCAUACUUGGCGAUAAAGCAAGCAAAAAACUGACGGAGCACAGCAGAGUGAUCACCGUGGAUGGCAAUAUCUGUUCUGGGAAAAGCAAGCUUGCAAAAGAAAUAGCGGAGAAACUAGGAUUACGGCACUUUCCGGAAGCAGGCAUACAUUACGCAGACACUACGACAGGAGACGGGAAGCUGCUGGACGUAGAGUUUAGUGGCAACUGCAGUUUGGAGAAAUUCUACGCCGACCCAAAGAGCAACGACGGCAACAGCUACCGCCUGCAGUCCUGGCUGUACGCGAGUCGCCUCCUGCAGUACGCCGACGCCUUGGAACACCUGCUGAGCACAGGUCAGGGUGUCGUGCUGGAACGCUCCAUUUUCAGUGACUUCGUCUUCCUGGAGGCGAUGUAUAACCAGGGCUACAUCCGGAAGCAGUGUGUGAACCACUACAGAGAGGUGAAGAAGAUCACCGCCAGCGAGUACCUGCCUCCGCACGUGGUCAUCUACGUCGACGUGCCUGUCCCCGAGAUCCAGAGUCGCAUCCAGAAGAAAGGAGAUGUAACUCAGCUCUUAAAUCAGAGGCUAUCCUUCUGUUUGUGUGCCCUUGUUAUUUUUAAACACAGAUUACCUCAGCAUUCUGGAGAGCCGGCUCAAGCUAUGCAGAUUGCUGAGAGCCCCCUUAAAUUAGGGAUCCUAUGUGACAGAUGGAAGAACAGUGAAAACUGUGAGGUUUUACAGUACAGUGCAUGGGAGGCUCAAGAUGCGGAAAAGGUGGUAGAAGAUAUUGGAUAUGUGAAGCUUGAGAAAGGGCCUUGGCUGAAGCAGGAUGAUCGUACUUUUUAUCAUCUGCGGAUGCUAGUUCAGAAUAAAUUGAAGGUGCUGAAUUACACAACCAUUCCUGUUUAUCUCCCAGAAGUCACGAUCGGAGCCCACCAGAGCGACCGCGUCUUCCACAGAUUCAGAGAGCUGCCAGGCCGGAGGUACGAGCCUGGGUACAAUGCUGACGUGGGUGACACGUGGAUCUGGCUGAAGUGAGCGGGACCCCUCUGCAGCUGUUCUCCACGAUGAAGGAGCUUCCCCGUCCACCUGCCUCUCAUGGACCCCAUGUAGUGUUAACAUUUAAAAUAAAUAAAUGAACCAGGAAUCACACAGGAGAAGAAAUGACCUAGAAAAAAGCAGUCUGCCCUGUAGUUUGGUUAGUGGAGUUGAAGGGAACAACUUCCAAGUAAGAGGGUUUAGAACUUUCCAGCUUCAUCUUAGAAUGAUCGGUAAUUCUCACUGGAGAAAAAAAAGGGUCUGCUCCAAAAGACCUACUGUUAGUGGGAGAAUUUCCUUUCCUCCCAGCUGAGCUCUGUAUCAUGCAAAUUUUGUACAUUGUUGCUUCAGACUCCCAGAAAUAAAGCUGUUUCUAUGUGAACGCCUCCCUGUCUACACACAGACACGGACACAUCACGUGUAUAUAGACAUACAUGCCUGUAUUUUCCAUUUCCCUGUGGUUUGCUUUGAUGUGGUUUGAUUUAAUUCAGACAAUUAUUAGGGUUGAGUUUUCCUGAAGUCUUGAUUUGAUUUGUUUUAGCAAUCUAACUGCUACAUUAGAGCAAAAAGAAAAAAAAAAGUGAAAACACCAGAAGGAGGAGGAAAUUACCUCGGGUUUAGAAAAGAAUGUGUUUGUUUCAGAAGAGGCUUUAGAGAAGGCUCACGCGACAGCCUUCAUCCGCUGAGCUCAGAGGACUGGAGCUGAGAAUGUGGAUGGGAGAAAAUGCAAACCCACAAUAGUACAGUUACUGACUUCUGUUUCUUGGAAGCCAAGCUGUUAAUGAGACAUGAGUAAUGAGAAAGAAAACCGCGUUUCUCUAUUCACCUCUGCUGAAAUGUAGAGAACAGAAGUAACAUGCAAAUCUCUUGCAGGCCAGCAGUCGUAUUCAGAGUUGUCAGUUCCCGCGGCUAUUUACAUUUAACCAGAAUGAGAGGCAGUAUAGUUCCGUUCCUCAGCUGUGCUGGCCACACUGGGAGAGCCCACGGCCGCACGGCAGUGGCUUCCAUCUUGGACAGCACGGAGGAGAACGUUUCCUGUUGGGCGGCACUGCCGUAGAGCAUGGCUUCAGAAGAGUACACGCUUUGUUUUCUCUUUUAGGUUUUAAGAACUGAAAAUAAAGUUUCCCAGCAGUUUUUGAGUUGGCGUCGAGAUUUAAGUGGCUGAAGUUUUGCAUUUCAGUGAGAAACUAACUGCUUUAAUCAUUAAAUGGAAGUGCGGCCAGGCACUGGGCCAGUCUUGCCGAGUCCUUUGGUCUCAGCGCCUCACAGACCCAUUAAGGCAAGCAGGAGAGGAAAAGAAAAAUGUCUUUAAUUAUCUUGGAUAUUCCUAAUGUCUUGGCUGUAAUGAGCAAGCUCUUCACG